AUGGAAGGAGACUCAAUUGAUAGUUUAGCUACUUCGGCUGAAGAAAUUUUUUCUGAUGGGGAAAGCAUUGAUGAAGAAUUGCCUACUUCUUCAAAUAAAGUUUUGGAUGAACGUAGAGUUGAGUUGUCAGAUAGUUGUAGUCUUCAGAGUUCUGGUGAAAAUAACUUCCGCAGAGGCAGGUUAAAAAAAUUAUUUCAGUAUGAUGCUCACAAGGAUAUACCAUAUGAAGAACUAAAUAAAGCUUCAAAAGAUGUUUUAGACCGAGCAGUUGAAUACAUGCAAUUAUUCUUGAUUCGUUAUCAAGCAGAGCAUGCUGGAGUUGAUUUACUUCGUCGUAUGCUUUUGGCUGCUCGUCUUUAUGGUGCUCCUCUCCAACGCCUUAUUCAAUUUGCCUUGUCAAUACAUUUAAAGUACAUUCCGGAUAUCCCUCAUUUUUGUUAUAGGCCAAUCAAUAUUAAAAUUUUGGAAGAGAUAAGACUUCAUCGAAUAUUUUUUCGUCGUCAACUAACUUCUCUUGUUAUUAAUUUACAUAAUGCUGCAAUGAGGAAAGAUUGGCCGACAGUUGCUGAUCGUUUAGCUUCAAUUCCUGCAUUUCCUUCAAAACAACUUCCUUCAAGAAAUCAUUUUGAAUUUUUUAAUCACGCAAUGGGCCCAUAUUUUCCUUCAUUUUAUUUACUUACUUUACAAACUUUACUUGAAAGUAAGCAACAAAUAAAGAAUUUGAGUUCACAAUAUGUUAAAGCCUUUAAAGCUUUUAAUUCUACUUGUUCUGAGCGUCAUAUUUGGAUGGAUAACUCGAUGUUUUACUACUCACAGCUUCUUAUUUUUCAUUUAUGCAAUUUUAAAUUGGAGAAGACUGGACCAGUUUUGGCUGGGCAAAAUGUCAAAUUGCAAGGGGAUUCUCGGCAUCGCCGUUUAAUUCUUUUGCUCAAUUAUUGCAUCGAUUUUGAGAAACAUUUUCUUUCAUUAAAAAAAGAUAGGUUUGAACGAAUAAACACAACAAAACUAGAAAUGGAUGAGGACAAUACAUUACAAAUACGAGAUCGUUCUUUAUUAUCAGGAUUUUCUGGCUUUCUUGAUGUUUUGUUUGAAGAACCUACAACAAUUGUUGGCCUUUUACCUUUAGCAGUAUUUUGUGCAAUACAAUUUGACUGUUUAGAGGCAAAUUAA